AAGCCAUCGCUGAAAGUUCUAAUAUUGCACAACCUCCUGUUAUCAUUAUAGAAGUUGACCAAACAUUUGACACUACAAUAUUACCUCUUGAUAAGGGAAAAAAUAAAGAAACUGUCACAGUUAAUGAAAUCAUAACCAAUAACAAAAAAGAUAAAAUGAACGUAGACAGUCUAUCUGACGCAUCUGAAAAUACUAUCGAUAUUACUUUAGUAGCAUUUGCUACGCUACUUCUCA